UUCCUCUGGCGACGGCCAUCAGGUAGGCAGGUCGGGCGGGAUUUGCGUUUCUAUCCGUGGCGAAUCGCGCCGGUCUUCAGCCAUCCGGGCCCGGCGGCACCGCCGCCUCUGAGCUCCGUCCUCCCGCGAGCGUUCAGUCAGGAUGCGGGGUGGAGCGGGCGCGGAGUCGCAGCCGUCCGGGAGGCUUGCGGGAGACGCGAUGGCGGCAGGAUCCGAGCUGGGCCCGGGCCUAGAGGAGGCCUGGCUGGAGCGAAGCGGUGACGAUCGCGUCCCCAAGUCCGGGCUCCUCGGUCCCGCCGCUUGCGCUGAGCCGUUCCCAUUCCCCGUGGACGCAGCGGUUCUGGUCGCCGCCUUCCUGACCGCCAUCGCCCUGCGAUGUGCUUCUUCUCCCCCCCCGAAGGUGAGCCAAGAUGGGUGCGUACAAGUACAUCCAGGAGCUGUGGCGGAAGAAGCAGUCGGACGUGAUGCGCUUCCUGCUGAGGGUCCGCUGCUGGCAGUACCGCCAGCUGUCCGCGCUGCACCGGGCUCCCCGCCCCACCCGGCCCGACAAAGCGCGGAGGCUGGGCUACAAGGCCAAGCAAGGUUACGUCAUAUACAGGAUUCGCGUCCGCCGUGGUGGCCGCAAACGCCCGGUGCCCAAAGGUGCGACCUACGGCAAGCCUGUCCAUCAUGGUGUGAACCAGCUAAAGUUUGCCCGAAGCCUCCAGUCUGUUGCUGAGGAGAGAGCUGGACGCCACUGUGGGGCUCUGAGAGUCCUGAAUUCUUACUGGGUUGGUGAAGAUUCCACAUACAAAUUUUUUGAGGUUAUCCUUAUCGAUCCAUUCCAUAAAGCUAUCAGAAGAAACCCUGACACCCAAUGGAUCACCAAACCGGUCCAUAAGCACAGAGAGAUGCGUGGGCUGACAUCUGCAGGCCGCAAGAGCCGUGGCCUUGGAAAGGGCCACAAGUUCCACCACACUAUUGGUGGCUCUCGCCGUGCAGCCUGGAGAAGGCGCAACACUCUGCAGCUCCACCGUUACCGCUAAUACACGUAAUGUUUGUACAAUUCAUACCCAAUAAACAAUGGAGGACCGUCCUGUCUGCUUUAAGGUGUUAUUUGUUAAAACUGUCAAAGAUUGUCAUGAAUGCUUUGUGGAUUAUAGCGGUUAAAGUGCAAUAAUGUUUGAAGAUUA